CCCUGAUAACACUUCAAACAACGUUCAGCACUCUGACCCAAUUCCAAUCUCUUCUUCACGGGCCAGAGCACGUUCAGUCUCAGUUUCUUCUUCGUCCUCAGGUUCGGCUAGCUCUACCUUCGAUCUCUCCACACCGCCCUCUGGCUCUUUAGGUUCCCAGCGGAUCUCUAUUCCCCAGACUUCGCCUUCAAGCUCUCCCAUUCUUUCCUAUUUUCUCGCCCAGUCCCCUACCAAGACUCCAUCUUCAGCGACUUUCCCUUUCAAACGCAAGUUUGGAACCGCCCCCGUGUUUGAAGCAGACGAAGAAACGGAAAAGGAGAUACCUGUCGCCGCGCACGCGCGUCGAGCCAGUGCGACAGUAGCAAAUCGCUUCUCUCAACCGCAAACCACGCUCCCUGACUCUCACCAGGAACGAGGUACAGGUCUUUUGCGAAGGCUCUCAUUGAGCAGUUCCGCCUUCACCAAGCCGCAAUUUGACUCCAAUUCUCCCCCGAGCCCUCCUCCUAAUACAGCUGUAAGCCCUACGACCAGAGGCGCUCCCUUCACCUCAAAGCCUCGUCGUUCGGCUACCGUCGCUGAGGGUGCCAAGCCUCGUCGAGCACCUUCUCCUAUGGGAGAGCGGAUUCUCAAAGGCCAUUUCGAUGGCUUUAAUUGAAUUUUUGCCCUAGGCUUAUCUUUAUCCGUCCACUCGUUUCCCUACCCUAACCGCUCUCCCAACUGUCCUUCCUUCGCAGCAUGAUACCCGCAACCGUCUGUGAGGUGUAUUUCCACAACAUAUUGCGACCAGGACAACUCGUUAUGACAUUCCACUGUAUAUAGCGUGGACCUUUCUCUCCUGGGUCGUUGCAGUCUCAUCGUUGUACUAUUUGUUCACAUUUUCAGAUCUUACUUCCAACUCUCAUCUCUCUUGUCGCGUUCCAAUCUCGGCCACCUCCAGAUCGUCAUUCUUUUGAAACGCAUCUCCCUUUGUGAUAUGGCGUGACAAAGAAACCAUCACGCCAUUUUGCAAGCCGCUAUUGAGAUUAAUUGUUCUCUCUCUCUCUGAAUCUUUCCUUCCGUUUCCGUCUUCGCCAUUAUUUCCGAAGCGACCAACUUGUACUUGUAUAUUAAGGAGUAUUUGUACCGAUAAAUGUGUAGGUGAAAAUGCUAUGAAGAAACUUUUGCAUACGCAUAA